UUUCACAGAAAUGUAAACAUAUUGAUCUGUUGUAUUUUUAUCAUAUUUUAUUGAUUUGCAUUUAGUGACAAGAUGGAAAUGGACCAGGAGACUGCGAAAAAGCUUCUUAUUGAAGGAGGAACGUUUAUAUUCCUCGGGGUGCCUGAGGAGACGCAAUUUGGUAUUGAUAUGCAAUGUUGGAAUACUGAUGAAGAUUUUAGAGGAAUCAAAAUGAUUCCUCCAGGACUUCACUACAUUCACUUCUCUGGUGUGAGCAAAGGAACUGGAGAUGUUUCGCCCAGGUCUGGCUUCAUGCAUUACUUCUCCAAGAAGGAAUUCCUUGUCAAGAUGUGGGACAAAAAAACUGAAGACAUAAGCAGGGAAGAGAUCAGUGAGGAGAGUAUCCAGCGACUUAAAGAUAACCUUCUAAAUCUAGACCGUCACUUAGGCCCUUACCCUUAUGAAAUAUGGCAGAAGUGGAAACUGCUGACUUCUCAAGUUACACCUGAACUUGCUACAAAACUAUCUCCAGAAAAUGGCAUGAUCAGGGCAUCAGUUGAGCUCAUGUCCACAACUGAUGCUGACAGGCCUCGAGGCAUAAAGUCUGACAAAUCCAUGGACAGCCGAGACAGUGUUGGUGAAGAUUCUGAAGCCAAGACUCCAGAAACUGAAGAUGCUGGCCAGUCAGAUGCUAAACGAGCUAAAAGAGUCACAAGAGAUCAGAAGGAAGACUCCAUGUUGCCAGAUUUGAAACCAGCUCCAGGUAUGUCUAUGAGGUUCACAGAGAUUCCACAAGAUAAGUACCCACCUGGAUCCACACCAGAAGAAAUCACCAAACAUUACUUGGACCAAUCAUAUUCAUUGGAGCUGAUGAUUGCACAGCAUGAAGAGCCUCUGCACAUAAUUGGCGAGCUGCAGUUUGCAUACUUGUGCUUUCUGAUUGGACAUUCUCUUGAAGCAUUUGAACACUGGAAAAACCUCGUCAUUCUGCUCUGCUCCUGUGACGACGCCAUACAUAAAUACAGAAGCGUAUUCUUCCAUUUCAUAAGAACCAUUGAGGUUCAAAUUGAAGAAAUGCCAGAGGACUUCCUAGCUGAUAUCGUAAUGAACAAAAAUCUGGUUUACAAGAAGCUAAGGGAGUUUUUCCGUACGGCUUAUAUGAGCAAAGUUGAUGGUAGACUCUUGACUAUGAUUGAACGGUUCAAAGAGAAUUUGACAGAGAAACUGCAAUGGGACUUCACAGGAUUAGAUGCUGAUGAUGAGGACGAAAGACCAGUCAUAGUGAAACUAGAUGGAGACUUGGAAUGAAUUUAAUUCAUUAGACUUAGUUUUGAAUUUAUCUUUUCUUGGUUUGAGUAACCAAUGUCAAUCUGUGUAGUUGUGUACUGUGUACAUUGAAGAUUAUCUUUCUUAUAGUAUCGUAUUUUAAAUAUUAGUCCUUAAAUGUGGCCCCACCAACUGUUUGAUAUCUUUUAGAUGGGAUACGAUUUUUCAUAGUUUACACAAUAUAUUUAUACAUAUGUGCUCUGAUAUUACCAUUUGCUGCAAUUGAACUGUUUAGGCUAUAGGACUAACAAGAGUAAUGAGCUCUAUGGUUGCAAUUAUACAUAUGUGUAUUUUGACAAGUAACGAGGCUUACUUGAAUAACUGGGCGCCUACCACAGAAGAAAAAAAAACUCAUUGUGUUGCCCAAUCCGUUGCAGCUUUAAUUUAAUUCAGUAAAAAUAAUUGUAGAUUUUUCUUCACAUCGUUCCAAUUUUAGAGCAAUAUUGGUGUUAACUGUGAUGUGAAAAUAAAAUGUACCUGCAUUUA